UAUCGUCAUUGAUACAAGGCUGAGAUACGACAUUCGAUUUCUGUUUUAGGUGUUGAUUUGUUGCUCUGGAGGGUGCUAAAAUUUCAAUGGAUUGAAUACCCACCACUUGAUUUCCCGAUAUUCUGAAAGAUGUUUUCCUCAGGAGCAGCAGCGAGGCAAUUGUCUCGAGCAUGCUGGAGGUCACGAGGGCAGGUUCUCAGUACCAGAAGAUGUCUCAGCCAAAGUCAAGCUCGAAUUGCUGGUGUCAGGAAAAAAAGUGGCCGAAAUUCUGGGAUUAUCACUGCUUUGUUGGUUAGUGGAGGAUGUCUGUAUGCUCUCGGAUAUCCAAGAAGUCUGGAAGCAGAAGCAAUCCCGGCACCCGCGGAAAUCAAGUUUGAGGAGCCGCGAAAGAAAGCAACUUCGAGAGAGGACAACAGAGACUUGAUUAGUUCGCAGCACCUUCAGGUGAAGAAGAGCUGGGAGAAUCCUGGUGUAUAUGCUUGGGGCUCCAACGCUGGUCGAGUAGCAGCUCCAGAUUCGGACGAGCAGUUCAUCAAAACUCCAAGAAGGAUUCCCUAUUUUGAUGGCAAGAUUAUUCGAGACAUUAAGUUAGACAAAACUUUUGGAGCAGCGAUCACGGAGAAUGGAGAUCUGUUGCAAUGGGGAACGGGAUUUUCACCAACAAGUCAAGGACCAACUCCGACGGUCAGGGGCAAAGAUUUGAUCAAGAUUUCCAUUUCCAAAGAUAGGAUCAUUGCUUUAUCAUCAAACGGAACCGUUUACUCGAUUCCUGCAAUACAGGAGGAUCAAAUCUCAGGCCCCAAACCAUUGGAAAAUACUUGGUUUCCAUUUUGGAAAAACAGAUCAGCCAUAAGUUAUCGAAAGCUACAGCCAAGCAAUAUGUCAUGGAGUGAGAAGGUCGUGGAUGUCCGCAGUGGCCUGGAACAUUGCCUCAUUCUGACCUCGUCUGGGAGGGUAUUUUCAGCUGCUUCAGGCACCGAAGACUUUCCAUCGAAGGGACAACUCGGCGUACCCGGCCUGACUUGGACCACGAGACCUGAAGGCGCAUAUGAUGUCCCACACGAGAUCAGUACCUUGAAAGGGUUUGAAAUUAUCAAGAUUGCGGCUGGAGAUUUCCAUUCACUAGCUGUGGAUAAAGUUGGUAGGGUCUUUACAUUUGGAGAUAACUCGGUGGGUCAGCUAGGAUUCGAAGCUACACCAGAGUCUCCAUAUAUCGACGCACCGUCUCUUCUGCCCAUCGACAAGCUCUAUAAAGGUACGAAUAUGGUACCACAAGUUAUAGAUGUAGCAGCUGGUGGUGUGAACAGCUACUUUUCGAUCGACGCUACGCGAGUAGCUGGACAAAGUGAGGAAGAUCCUCGAGGACUUGGCCGUGUGACAGCGGAUACUUGGGCAUGUGGCCAAGGAAUCUGGGGAGGACUUGGUAACGGUCGGUGGACGCAUGUUCAAGGUGUACCUACCAAGAUCAAAGCAUUGUCGGGUCUUUUCGAGUACGACGAAACUACGAACAAAGUGGUUCCUAUACGUUUGGCCCACCUAUCCGUUGGCUCUACGCAUAUGUCGGCCAUCAUGAGUAAUGUUACAUACGUUGGAGCUCAUGAUAAGAGUUCAGAAAACGACACGAAUUGGGGCGCAGAUACGUUAUUUUGGGGUGGAAACGAGUUCUACCAGCUAGGAACAGGAAAGAGAAACAAUGUUAGCAAUCCGACCUACAUUGCUCCUCUUGACAUCGAAGCAGACAAGGAGAAAGGAAGAAGAGAAGAGCAUAGGUUCCAAAUUACCCCAAGAAAGACUAUCAAAGUAGGUGGCAGGAAAGUGAGUGUGGAGCAAAGGGUUGAAUGUGGACGAGGUGUGACGGCUGUGUAUUCUGGAACGUGAGAUAAGAUGAUGAUAUAUUUGUUGUAAAUUACUCGGGAUGGGAAACACCUCUCCUCGGCGAUCAUUCUGGGUCGUUAUGUAAAAUCAUAGCUUUAAGAUCUGCAAAAAACUCUUCCAGAGUUUGAAUAUCACAUUCAUGUG